CCUUUUCUUCACGAAUGUCGACUCCAAGGAACUUACCGUCUUCAUAGCUUUCAAACAACUAGCUUUCAUUGAAGCGUUAGGUGUGAUCAUGAACAACACAAAGUCUGUGAGUGUGACUGAAAGCCUUCUACUGUGGAACUAUCCAAACGAUCUUCUCACUCGCAGCCAGUACCUGCUGGCGGUCUACAUCCUCAACUAUAUCAUCAAGCCUGUCAUCCUCGCUGUCGGCCUGCCCACCAAUGUCAUCAACUGUGUGGUGUUCUGGCGCCAGGGACUUGGGGACCGCAUGAACGUCUGUCUCUUUGCUCUGUCCGUGGUGGACCUCUGUAUGAUCAGUCUGUCCACCCUGUUCAGUAUAACCUAUUACAUGGAGCAGAGCGAUCUUGCCAGAUACGAUGGCAUUUACUCCUACUGUCAAAUCUACCUGUCUGGGGUCGGUCACGGGUUUCGAACUGCCUCUGGCUUCAUCACCAUCGUCAUAGCCGUGGAGCGCUGUCUGUGUGUCACCUUCCCCCUCAAGGCGGCCUCUUUGAUCAGCACUCGCACCAUGCGGGUCACCAUGGCUGUCAUUGGCGGUGUUUCCCAGAUGGCAUUUGUCACGGUUCCCCUACGGCUCAACGUAGUUCGAGUGACCAACAGCACCACAACGGUAGGAAUUAUCAGCUCUGAUAUGUUCCUCAAAAAUCAAGUUUUCUUCACAAUCUUCGAAAACAUGAUCAUGAUGAAUGUAGUGCCGCUAGCGACAUUUAUUAUCAUCUGCGUGUGCACCGCCCUGACGGUGGUCAAGCUGAGGGCCGCCUUUACCUGGCGGAAGACGACCAGCUGCAGCAGUGAGGGAGGUCAAGGGCAGCACACGGCACUGACCAAGAUGCUGGUGCUGGUGUGCUGUGUCUACAUCCUCACCACCAUCCCCUGGGUCAUCUUCUACCUCGCCACCUUGACUUGGCCUGAGUUCUUUUUCGCGAGCAAAUUUUAUUAUUUAUACAUGACCUCCAUCGUCACGGUGUUUUACUUUCCCUACAUCAACAGCUCUGUGGGCUUCUUUGUCUACUUUAGCAGGUCCACGCGGUUUCGACAAGAUGUGAACACCUGUGGUCGUUGGUGCAAAGCACAGGUAGGCGGCGGACAGGAGGCGGACACUGUUUGUAAGACACUCACCGACCUGUAGAAACUUUCUUUACUCAAAGUUUUGUGGCAACAACAGGAAGCAUGCUUUGGUCAGGGCGGUGGUGAGGAGCCCAUCUCUUGUUGACACCAACUACUUGUGACCGAUGAACGCAGCUUAAUCACUUACAAGGCCUUCAAACGCUCGACUGACUUAUGUCCCUUGCACUUGAAAUAACGGAUCGUCGCGGUUUGCACUUGUCCCUGACUUAUGUCCCUUGCACUAGAAAUAACGGAUUGUCACGGUUUGCACUUGUCCCUGCAGUAAGUCCCACUGCACAGCAAUGAAUAGGAACUGCACGACUUGACACAGACGCCGCCAUCUUGUUCCUCUAGUGAUGUCAACGACAUCGACACAGGAUGACAGGCUUGAUGAUAGGUUUGCCGUGUGCUGUAUGUGGGACUCGUGUUGUCAGUGGUCCACUAUGUCAGGUGAGGUGAGGUGAAGUGAGGUGAGGUGAGGUGAGGUGUGAGGCCGUGCCUUGCCUUGACUGAAUGAUGUUUUUCACGAGUGACAACAGCCAUCUACAGCUUCCUUCCUUUUUCUUCACGUUAUUUCUUUCUUUACUGUUUUCGCUCCUUCUGUAGGUCUUGUGUCAUCUGUGUGUUUGUGAGGUUGACCUCUUUCUUAUUUAGUCAUGUUUGAGCCAGUGUCAUUUUCUUGAUUAUUAACCUUACCUCCUGAAAGUGUCAUGAGCCAGUGAGAUAUCCGUGAUUAUCAGCCUCGUCUCUUGUCGUGUCUGUCGUCCAGUUGGAUGCCAGCUAUGGCGGCGAGGCGGUCUUUACACACAACUGUAAACAACAAACAAAGUCAGUAGGGUGGAGGCAGGUGUCACGUGGUACUGACAUGUCCGCCUUCGUGUCCGUCAGUGCCCACUUGGCACACACACAAACACAUCGCUAGACUUUUAUUCUGAGCCCGCCUUCAGGUCACAGGUCAUCGGUCAAACCUGUUUGGAAGCUCGCGACAUUUUGCACUCACAUCAAUCUGUUCCUUUGAUGACAGACUAAUAAUCCAUUUAUUUUGAUGAUUUCAUAAAUCAGGCGAGUAUUUAUUUUUGAAAAACGACUUAAAACUAAAUUAGUAAAUUAGUAAUCAGUAAUUCUUAAUUCGGAUUGUUUGGUUUAAGUUGAAGCCCGUGACAACGAACGUACGACUGACUUCACGAAGAAA